AUGGUGCUCCAGUUCCUGGCCGAUUCCUUUGAGGACGGCCGCAGCUACAGUACCCUGAAUGUCUAUCGGUCAGCGAUGUCUGCUACCCUGCCUGAGCUGGAUGGUGCACCCAUUGGCCAGCACCCGUUGGUGGUGCGUUUGCUCCGUGGUAUCUGCCUAGAGCGUCCGCCGCAGCCGCGGUACUCACAUACUUGGGAUGUGGGUAUUGUCACUUCUUGGCUCUCUAAACUGCCUGCCAACACGGACCUGUCUCUCCCUGUCUUGUCUGGCAAGUUGGCCAUUCUGAUGGCCUUGACUGCUGCGCGGCGCUCUUCGGACCUCCACCGGCUAAGCCUCAACUCUCAUCGUUUCUCUGCCGAGGGCGUGGUGUUUGACUAUCUCACACCCCCUAAGCAGCAUCGCCCUGGUUCGGAACCAGCCCGACCUGUCACCUUUGCUGCCUUUCCUGUGACUCCUGCACUCUGUGUUGUGGAGUGCUUCAGGGAGUACUUGCGUCGGACCGCCGACCUGCGGCAGGCAUCUUCUGCACAUCUGUUCCUCAGCACGAAGCGUCCGCACCACCCUGUCACCUCUGCAACGAUUGCUCGUUGGAUCAAGCAGGUUAUGUCCAAGGCUGGUGUGGAUACAUCAUUGUUUGGUGCCCAUUCCACUCGUGCCGCUUCUACGUCUGCUGCGAAGCGUAAAGGUAUGUCGACAGUGGACAUCAUGAAAUGUGCUGACUGGAGUUGCGCAUCCGUGUUCCAGCGCUUCUAUUUCAAGCCGUGGGAGGGUGAGACCAGCGGCUCUUCCCCAUCGGCACAUCAGCAGUUCUGCCGCUCCGUGUUUGCGCCGUAG